CCGGUUCGAAGCGAUUGGAAACAGUCCAGCUUCUUCAGUUAUUUCUUUGUUUCGGACGAGUUUAGUGUACUUAAGCAGGGUAUCGCUGCAGGUUCACCGGAACGAUCCCUUCUGGAAGACUGUGUUGAUUGUGAGAUUCGAGUGCGUGUUUCCGUUCACUUCUUCCUCAAAACCUGUCUCUGAUCAAGCUAAAAAAAAGUGAUACUCUAACCGGCUGACCGGAAGCAGCGUGACCGUUGUGCGAUCGCGAAAAAUUGAGUGCCAAUUCGUGAUACGUGGAUUAACAGUCCCCCUCCCGAGCGGAAUAGUGUGGAACGAGAAGAAGGAAAAGCCCCAAAGUUUCGUACCCAUCAGCACCGAAGAACGGUGUAGGUAGUCCUCAGCAAACAGGAAACAAGCAAUCGAAAGAAACAACAAAAUGUCCGAAGCAGUCGAAGUCGAGCAAAUCAUUGAAAGCAAGCCCCGAAAGAUGGCGCUUCCCACCUCUCUGGACAAAGACGCGAUUCGGGAAGCGUACGAGGACGUUCGAUCCAAUCUGACCGACAGCGAGUGGGCGGUGUUCAAAUUCGACGGUCUGAAAAUAAUCUGCUCCCAGAAAGGCAUCGGGUUCGACGAGUUCUGUGCCGAAUUCAACGACGAUGAACGGGCCUUCGGUUACAUCCGGAUACAGAUGGGCGACGAGAUGUCCAAGCGAAGCAAGUUCAUGUUCCUCACCUGGAUCGGCCCGGAAGUGGGUGUGAUGCAACGAGCCAAGAUGUCUACCGACAAAUCGAUUAUUAAGGAUGUGAUCAAUAACUUCGCAGUUGAGCUGCAGGUGGAAACAAGCAACGAUCUGGACCUAGAGAUGUUCAAGGCACACCUAAACAAGGCCGGUGGAGCAAACUACGGCACCGGGGUGCGUGAACUGUAAACAAACCGUACCAAACACGCACACGAAGCAUUCUGACACCACAACCACACUCCCAGGAUACACUAGGAUCGCAACUACAUUAUAAGGAUAACAGCGUUAAGGUCUUCCCCACUGUUUCCCUCGUCCCAAUAUAAUCAAUUAACAACGUGUAGUCAGGAAGAGGGACGUGAAUCAUACGGUAUCAAUUUCAAUCCAGACCCUAAUGGCUUCUAUUUAUGUGUAUUAUUUCUUUCCCGACCGAAAUUGUGAUUUGGAAAAACUCUUUCUAAAAUUGAAAUUUUUGACCGUUUUUAUACAUAUAAGCAUAAAAUCAUAACUAUCUUAAAUGAUUAAAUGAAAAUAUAAAAACAACCAUAAUCGAAUGCGUGAAAAUCAAACGAAUAUUGGAACUAAACUGCAAUAUUAUCAUAUUAAUUCGAAUAGUUGUUAAGUUUAUACAAAAAGGAACCCUAAUGAAUACGAUGAUAGUUAACAUGUACUGGCAUCGAUAAUGAAAAUAAAAAUAAUGGCCAAUAGAAAAAGUUGGUAUAGAAAUCAGAUUUCUUUUUUGAGCUAUUUUUAUCAAUUGUAUAAACUAAAUAAAGAAAAAAAAAAAGCAAUUCCGUAGAAGACAUUUGUAAACUGCCGUAACGGAUCAAAUAUACAGGAAAAGAAACUA